AUGGCACACAACAAGAUGCUUGAAACUCAAAUCACUCAAUUGGCUAAUACCUUGAAAGAGAGUUUUACUUCUUCUUUACCCUCACAAGGAUUUGAACCUAGGAAAACCGUUUAUUCUAUCACCAUAAGGAGUGGGAAAGUGCUUGAAACGAGAGUUUCUAGGAAAAGUGAGGAAGAUAAGAAGAUGAGUGAUUCAAGAGAGGAAAAAGUGAUCAACGUGUCAAAGAAGAGAUUUCUUAAUAUGCUUAGGGAAGUUCAUCUUUCAAUCCCUCUUACCGAAGCCAUGACUCAAAGCUCAAGAUAUUCUAAGUUCCUUAAGGAAAUCUUGAGUGGCCAGAGAGGGCGCAAUGAUAUUGAUUUGGUAGAGGUUGGGAAAUGUUAUAGCGCUUUGAUUCAUAAUGAUUUACCCAAGAAAAUGAAAAAUCCGAGUAACUUAUCUAUCCCUUGCAAAAUUAAUGGAAAAUUGUUCCAAAAUACUCUAUGUGAUCUUGGUGCUAUUGUGCGUAUCAUACCUUAUUCGGUCUUUAGGAAGCUUAAGCUAGGUGAGCUUCUUCCAACCAAUAUGACUUUGCAAUUGGCCGAUCGAUCUAUUAAGUUUUCAAAGGGAGGAGUUGAGGAUGUUCCCCUCAAGAUAGGUGCGUUUACAAUUCCAGUUGAUUUUAUUGUGCUUGAGAUAGCGGAAGAUGAUAACAUACCUAUCAUUUUAGGGAAACCUUUCUUAGAUACUUUGGGAACUUUGAUAGAUGUGAAAGGAGCUCUUAUUACUUUGAGAGUUGGUAACAAUAAGGCUAGUUUUGAGCUUAAACCGAUGCAUGAAUCUUUGUCUCUUGUGAAUGGAAUUAUGUGCAUGAUUUCUUCUUCUACUAACAAAGUUCUUGAGGUUUGUGAUGAUGUGCCUUUGAUUGUUGCAUGCGAUAAGAUUAGUGAAGAAAAUAAGGAGCCUUCUAAGCUCGUGGAUGAGGAGGUGAUUGAUAUUCCUCCAUGGUCUGAGCUCUACCCUUAA